UUAAGUUUGUGAACAUCUAUAGUUUUGUGUUUAUAGUUUUGAUAGUCAUUUUUUCUAAUUUCUGGUCCUUAUGAAAAAUAGAAAUUUUCAAAUUGUUUUUAUCUAUAUACAUAAUUACCAUCAUUUUACCAUAAGACCUUUAUAAAUCAAAAUACCAAAUACCAAAUACAGCUAAGCCCUAACCUUGCAAUAGCCUACUCUUGAAUCAAACCCCCACCUCAAAGUCACUUUCUGCCAUUUUGUAAAUCUACUCUAAAAUAUUAUACUACCUUCAAAUAAGUGCCCUUUUUGAAUAACCUACCAACCAAGAAUUUAUUUUUGAUAAUUAGCCUUAGGAAUCAGUUCUCUCAGCUUGAGGCAUGUGGUUGCACAACCCGUGGCUUGGCAUACACAUAAGCUAAACUAGCUAAACGAGAUCAUGCCCGGCCACUAUUCAGACAUUGUUGAAGAAAGAUCAAUUUCAAAACAGUGUGGCUACCCAUUAUGUUCCAAUGCUUUGAGCAAGGUUCCUAGACAAAAAUUUCAUAUAUCGAUGGAAAGGAAGCAAAUUUAUGACAUAACCGAAAGGAAGUGUUACUGCAGCAGCCAGUGUUAUAAAAAUAGUAAAUAUGUUGCAUCGCAGAUCCCCUCAUCUCCUCUAUGGCUGCGAAAAGACAAAAUUGAAAUCGAGUUUCUUGAAGAUAAAUUGAAGGUAGAGGACGAGCCGGUAGAGCAGGAGAUUUUUGAUGCUGAUGAUACCAAGCUAGAAAAUAUGCAUCUUUCAUCUCCGGUGGCUGUUAUUAAGGAAACAGCCACUGAAGAAAAGCAAAUUAGACCUGGGCAUGAAGCCCAUUCGAAGCCUGGCGACGAAACUUUAGAUUCGUCUUAUACCAGCCAUCUAGAGACUGCUAAUAUCCCCUCAAAAUCUACAAGCAUCAGUACGAAGUCGAUGAAACUUGAAGGUGUUUCUAAAGGCGGUAGUACAAAGUUGAUUGACCUUCCGGAGGAGCCUGUAGUGAAGGGGAAAGACAUUGACACUGAUAAGUUGUGCAGUCUGCUGCAAGAAUGGUGUACGGUUGAUACAUAUGAAUAUUUCAAAAUGAUACAUAGCGAAGUUGAAAGUCAAGAAGAAACUCAAACCACACAAGCUGAACAAAGGUCGUCAUUCGAGAGAAGGAAAAAGUCAGCAAAACGAUUUUUGCAAGAAAACGAAGAAUGGGAGCAGGAAGUGACUUCAAAAGAUGUAGGACCAGUUGUUUCAAAGAAAUUUGUAUCGCCACUAAUUGAUUCAAAAUCCCAACAAAGCAUCAGAAGAAGAAUAGUUUCCGAAAAACUGAAACAUAGCUUUACAGAAGUUUUUUCCGAGUUAUGUCUUUCAUUAGCUGACUUCAAAUUUGACCUGACAUCACUCAUAAAAACGUUCAAGUUUACAAGUCUGAAUAUAACAUUGCAUCCAAAAGAAUGGAAGGUUGUUGCAACAGCUAUUUUGCAUAUGGUUUGCCUGCAAGAGAAAUCACUUAAAGAGUCAAUUGCUGCCAUGUCCAAGGAACUUGAAGUGAUAUUGAAAAGCUGUGGAAUUGAUCAAGAUAAGUUUGUGAAACUUGUAAAUAUACUAAACAAAAGUACAAAUAGAGAAAAACCUCAUAUACAUCAAGAUUCAGGUAAGGAUUUACCAGAUCUUGAUUAUGAUAAUGAUUCUCUGGAUUAAGGAUUAUAUAAGUAUGACAGUGAUUCAAAGCAUGACCCUAUGGAAAGAUGGACUGUUUGAAAACUUAGUCAUUCAUGUUGAAUCAUUCAUUAUGAAGUCAGCUUGCAACUGACUGGAGGUGCAAUUAUAUUCUGUCGCAAAUGGAUAGUAUCAAAUUGAUGACAAACAGUUUAUUGGAUGCACUUAUUGGAACAGGUAAAUUGGCCUGGUACAAAAACUCAGAUGUAUGAAAAUCAAGAUGACACAACUGUGAGGUAAACAUGAAAGGCCACAGAGAGGCUUUUUGAAUUGGCAGCUGUGAUUUGUAGGGUCUACUGAAUAUUUCAAUGUACAGGGUAACAGAACAAUAUUCUGCACAGUGUGUUUUGUCAGGGGAAAGAGAAGGCUAGAAUAAUUUGGGUUAAAGUGAUCAUCAUUUGUUUGGAAGCCAAUUUUUUCAGUAUCCAUUUUACUAUAAAAAUAUGUUGGGUUAUGGUAAAUACUUGAAGGGAUUCAGCUGACUUAAAAAAAUCACAAUCUAGUACUUGUUUUGUACCUCAUUGUAUAAGAAACAUUUAUUAAUGUAAUAAUUUUUUAAGAAAUAGGAGUAUAAUGUUAUGUCACUUUAGACUCUGGUUGAUAAGUGGCAAUGUCAUUGUGGCAUGUCCAAUUGCAGAAACUUUCUCUUGAUUUAGCAUUGAUAUUAUGGUGUUUUAA